AUGAAGCACCUCCGUUUGCGCCCCGGCGAGAGGCAAACGGAGGUGCUUCACGACCCGCCUCGUACUCCUGCGGCCGACAGGGAUCAGAAGCUCUCCUUCUGCUGUGCGCAGUCAGAGAGUUAUCCUUCUGACAAUGGAAUCCCGCUCCUUGCCCCCUUCUUUUCUAUCUCUCCUCCCCCUCCCACAGUGGUCCAACGUAUUGCCAGGGCGGACAGGGAUCAGAAGCUAACCUUCUGCUGCGCGCAGUCAGAGGCAGCACACCCCUACCUCGCUGCCUUCGGCCUCACACCCUCCGACGUCCUCCUCGCUCCAGUCUACAUCCAGGGGUUCAACGCCCCAUUCUCUGGCACUUCAGACGGCCUCCUCGCUCCAGUGUACAUCCAGGGCUACAACGCCUCAUAUUCUGGCACUUCAGGUAGGCUUCCUUUCUCGUUCCGUUUUCCUCUCGCCAGUCUACAUCCAGGGCUACAACGCCUCAUUCUCAGGCACCUCAGCUCUGCUCCGAGUGGCCUGGGAUCUGCCUCUCCCCUAACCCCUCCUCACCUCCCUCCUCACAUUGGGGCGUCUUGUAUUGACUUCCCCUCGCCGUUUUUCACCUUUCUCCUUCCUCCUCUCCUUGUUCCCCCAUCCCUUCAGCGCUGCUCCGAGUGGCCUGGGAUCUGCCUCUCCCCUACCCCCUCAUCUGCUUCUUCCCCUUUUUCUUUCCCCCCCAAUUACCUCCCCUCCCUUCCCCUGUUUGUGUGUCGUGAGGAGUUGGGAGAUGAGGGGAGGAGGGAUGGGGAUAGGCGGCACCAUGAGAUUGCAGAGGCGCGGUAUUGUUGGGACAGACCUCUGGGGUCCCUGGACUGA